CCACACGAUUAGGAUUGUACUCAAUUUUGCCCCAUGAAUGUCCCAAUCGCACAUACGCAUUCACACGCGAAUCUUCACCAGCCCACCAAGUACUGCUUUUGCACACUCGUCUUGACCACUUCCUUGUUGUGGGCAGCGGUUGGGCUGGUAAAGCCCUCGCAAAAUCUGCGAUAGGCCAGCACACGAUUGGACAGCUCCAACGGACACCGCAUAGAGGCGUUGGGUGGACUGCCAACCUACAUGCAUAUACAAGAAAGAGACCCCAUAUCUCUAUGUCUCUCUCACUGUGCUCACAACAAGUUGGGUGUUCUGCAGGGCCGAUGGAUCACGAGGCACCUCCUCUCCCUCCUGGUGCGCAUGCGCAUCGAAGAACACGUACAUCUCCUCAUCGCUCAGGUUGACGCCUGGAACAAACAGAACACGCCACUCACCUUCUCAAGCCGUAUUCCAAUGGCCGUUUCUCCGCUCACCGAGGAGGCGGAAGGCGUCUUCGACAACUCGGUAAUCGGCAACACCAGUGCGCAGCAAAUCCGCCUGCAUGAAUGGCAUCAGGCACCUCACCUCACCGUGAGAGUGAGACACGAUUUCUGUCUCGCUGAAUGGGUUGAAAUACCUUCUUGAACGCACCGAGGAGUAUCUCAAACUCUGUGUGUGCAUGGUGGCUCCGCUGGAAGAGCUGCAAAACAGCAGCAGAGCAGGACUAUCAAGGCCAGCCUCUCAUGCCGACAUACAUACCUUGAUCCUGAGUUUCUUCUCGGCCUUGUCCAGGAUGCCUUUCCGCCUCUAAAUUCCAUUCAGAAACAUGAAUCAAUUCCUGAUUGCCUGGCCAUCUUCGCGUACCUGCCCUUCAUUCAUGGGAACCGGUAUGUGCCAGCAGGCAGUGAUGAGGUCCUCAAAAGCCUGGUCGUCACGGAAGGGGUAGCUGGCACUUAUCUCCCUCCAGAAGAAACAGAAUUCAUCCCACUCUACGUCAUGGAUCUCUGGCCGCGCCUUGGGGCCGUCCCCCGGCUCAUACGGCUCGUCGCUCUUCCACUGUCCGAGCUUCGAGAAUGCCAUCUCAAACUCCUUCCUGCAUGAUCACGAGACAGACAUGCACUCAUGCAGCUGCUCAUGUGGCCAUGCAGAGCGUCUUACCUGACUUGGUCUGGAUGUCGUCUCUGCGCAAAGACAAGGGGGUGGUUCGUGGGGUCGAGAGAUAACAGGACGGCCGCGGGAGAGAUCUUGCCCUUGCUGUCGACGUCCAAGAAGUGGAACAGACGCUCAACAGCCUCCUUCCGCCUGUCGGUGAAAAAUUGACGCAUGAGCUCAUGCAAAAGCACCUGGGGCUUCCUGCAGUCAGUGCAAACAGCAAGGACACCACCAGCUGAACAAGAGACCUCCCUCAUUUUAGGACGCUCUGUCUCCUACCCCCGACACGCCUGAUGGAGCCGCUGCAGGUGUUGCUGCGCGAGAUGAAUGCCUGCCUUGCCGAAGGCCAUCUCAAAGUGCAUGACGGUGAGCGGCGGCAGCGGGGCAUCCUUGUCGACUCCCUCUUCUUCAAGUCUGCGACGCAGCCCCUCGGAGAUGGCGUCGAAUAUUUCCCGAAGUUGUCGAACUUUGUGGACUUGCUGCUUGGCGGCGAGCUGCACCUUGACCGCCUCGAAUGCCUCUUGAGGCUCGACAUUGCCUGAGGUCAGGCACGCCAUCGUCGCCACUCGAAG